UAGCCUUUAAUCCCUACCCGCCUUUUCUCCCGGCUAAUUAAUCCUAGAGGCGGUGACGGGCACAAUUUUCAGACGACCCCAUCGCGCCGGAAAACCAUUACCUCACAAAAUCGAGAAAACAUGACGCCCCAAAGGGUAGUAGCAUUGCCGGCGGCGCUCCUCCUCCUUCUCCUCCUCUGCGGCGGCGCCAACGCCUUCCUCCCCGCGUUCAAGCCCGGCUCCCCCGUGAGCCAGUUCUGCAAAACCGCCAGCAGCAAGCGGCUCUGCACGCGGAUGGUGGGAGGGGCGGCGAACCUGCACGACGCCACCGCAAACUCCAUAAGGGCCACCCUCGAACUGGCGGAGAAACUCCGGGCCAUGAGCGGCACCGUCAUCUCUGCCGCCACGACCGGCUUGCCCGCGGACUCCAAGGACUCCAUCGUCAAGACGUGCGAUGAGAGCUUCGAGGACGUGGUGGAUGACCUCAAGCUCUCGCUCGAGGCGCUCAAGGCCAAGGACAACGGCACGCUCAUGACCCGCCUUAGCGCGGCCCUGCUGAGCGACUGCGGGGAUGCGCUGGACGAUUUUGGGGUGGGGUACCCUUUGAAAACAACCAUCAAGCUUUACGCCAGAUAUCUCGACAACACCUUGGCUGUUGUUACACAACAGUAGAAUUAUUGUCUAUUUUGUGAAUGAGUAAAUAUACAUAAAAAAAAUACGGAGAAUAUAAUUGGUUAAAUUAUGCUUUUUCCGUUAUGUUUAAAUUGAUUAUUAAAAGUUUGUGUAUGAGAACAUUCAUAAUGAUUAGUUUAAAUUAAAUGAAAAAUGUAAAAUUACACAUAAUAUAUGUAUUUAAUUUGAAAAUUUAGUUGUUCUUCCGUGGUCUUAUGGGCUUGCAAGUAAUUUUUUUGCAAAAGGUUCAAUUCUCUUAUGAUAUCAAUGAACUAAAUUUCAUAAAAUUAACACAGACCU